GGGGAGGCCGCCGCCGCGAUGCUGCGAACGGCGGGGAGCCGCGGCCUGAGCUCCGGCCGCCGGCUCUGGCUCCGCGUUCCCGGCCGCUGCUGCCGCCCAGCGCCGCCGCCGCCGCCGCGUCCCGCCUCCGGCUUCCAGGGCGCCCUCACCCGGCCCACGGUUCAAUCGAGGAGCGGAGGCCCCGGGCCCCGGAGCGCAGCGAGUCUGGCACUGCUCGCUGCCUUUGGCAUCUUCCAGUGGGGUGAGAAGCAACCGGUGUCCGAUGACGAGAUCAUCCUCCUCAUCAAGCGCUCAAAGCUGAGUGCUGCCAAGGGUGACCUGGAGGAUGCUGAGCGGUUUUUGCACCAAGCCCUUCACCUAGCCCAGCAGUCACAGAACAACCAGGCCAUCAGCUACAUCUACUGCCAGAUGGCGAAUCUGGCCUUCCUUCGCGGAGACCUGCUCGGUGCUGAGAAGCUCUUCAAAGCAACCAUGAGCCAGUUACUUGGGUCGGGAACACGCCAGGACGACAACGCACUCAUUGAGAUGUCCCUCAAGUUGUGCAGCAUCUACGCUACCACUGACCGGCACCAUCUGGCAGUCGAAGGAUACAAGUGGUGCAUUGAGACGUUGGAGGAGAAGGUUCAACGUGAGGAAGUGGUUCCUGAGGAAGUUUUGUCAGUGGAGGAGAAGGAGAACACACGGCUGCUGCUCGGGGUGACCCUGGACUCCUGUGCCCGCUACAUGCUGAGCCGCACACAGCUGGAGCUGGCCGCCAGCCUGUACGAGAAGGCGCUGGCCAUUGCCGAGGAGGUGCAUGGUGAGACACACCCACAGGCAGUGGUAUUGAUGAACGACCUGGCCACCGUGCUGGACAUGAAGGGCUGCCAUGACCAAGCCUACGAAUACGUCAGGAGGGCGUCCAGCCUGGCAAGGAGGACUGGCCAUGCAGACGAGUACCUGAUCCUCAGUAACCUGGCCGGGAUCCUCGCCCACAGAGGGAACUACACUGAAGCCAAGCAGGUCUACGAGGAGGCUCUGAAACAGGCCAAGUCAAAGGGCGAUGAGCAGGUGGUACAGCGUAUCCAGGAGGGGAUGGAGGAACUGGAUGCCAGCACUCCCAGCUCCCAUGGUCAAGGGGAGGCAAGUCAUAAAUGACAGAGAUCUACACUGCACAAUCCACAGCUUUAGAAUAAUUCCUGAGGACAUUGCCCGUGUGGUUUGGGAUUUACGGGAAAGGUCAGCUGAUUGUCAGGCUCUGCUCCAGGGACUUGAGCUCAAAGUCCAUGUCAACACUUCAACAUAGUCCUGAGGGAGCUCGGCACUUGGGGUCAGUACUGAAGGACUCAGAAGUGCCAACUUUUAGAUUACCGAGGUUUUGCCUACAUCUGUGCCUGACACUGUUUUCAAUAAGAAUGAGAAUUUUGGGAUUGUUCCUUAAUUGUUGGGCAUUUAGUUGUGCUAAAUUAAAUUUUGCUCUGGAAGUAUGUGUUCUUUAUAUUAAAUGAUCCAGAACAAAUCAGGUACCCGAGACACUGCUAGUUAAGGAGGUGUUGACUUUAGAGAAGUUCCAGUGAUCCAGUGGGAGCUGUGCAGAGCCAGUGAACUGUUGCCUGUGGUCAGAGGUUCAUCUGCACCCGGUGUACUGCAGUCUGAGGAUCCACACAUGAGGCUGGGGUCAGGGUGUUUAAAACCAGAGGGCAUAGGCUUAAGGUGAGAGGGGAAAGAUUUAAAGGAGACCUGAGGGUUAAGUCUUUCCACACAGAGGGUGGUGAGUGCAUGGAACGAGUUGCCGGAGGAAGUGGUAGUGGCAGGUACAGUUACAUUUAAAAGACACUUGGACAGGUCCAUGGAUAGUAAAGGUUUGGAGGGAUAUGGGCCAAAUUCAGGCAAAUGGGACUAGCUCAGUUGGGCAACUGGGUCAGCAUGGAUGUGUUGGGCCAAAGGGCCUGUUUCGUGUUAUAUAACUAUAACUAUGACUCUGCCUCUGGCCUGGGGCUGGACUCGACCUGCACUGAACAUGGAUCCUUACUGACCCUGCUAACCUUGUGUAGCCAAGCCCUCAGAGAUAAGGGUACACAGAC